AUGGAGGCACUGAAUGGAACUGAUCUUCCAGUUAUCGAUCUCUCUCUCUUUCCCUCACAAAAUGUUGAUCAAAACCAGUUAGAAAGCUUUGAGUUUAAAAAACUCAGACAGGCUUGUCAGGAGUUAGGUUUCUUCUUGGUGAUCAAUCAUGGAGUUGAUCCAACUCUCAUCCAAGCAGUGGAUGGCAGGAUUAGAGAUAUGUUUGCACUGCCUACUGAAGUGAAAAACAGAGCUAUCUUCCCCAUUUUCAACACCGGGUAUGGCCCAUCUGUAGUAGAUGAUGCGGCAAAAGACUCCAUACCUGAGAACAUGAGCUUUCCAUGGGAUCACCUGCUGCCCAACUCAGUUGAAAAAAUAUCUGCCAAACUAUGGCCACAAGGAAACCCUCCAUUCUGCGAGGAGUUGAAUGCAUAUGGAGCUCAAAUAAAGGAGCUUUGUCAAAGGAUUUUGAAGCUUCUUGUUUGGAGCCUGGGUGUGGAUGUAUCCAGCCAGUCUGUAUCAGAACUGUUUGAGAAAUCCUUUGGAAAUGUUCGGAUGAAUUACUAUGACAAGUGCACAGACAAGGAGAUGAUCUCCAAAGCUCACACAGACGUGAGUUUUUUCACAAUACUGUAUCAAGAUGAUAUUGGAGGUCUCCAGAUUCGAAAUAAGCAAGGAAAAUGGAUGGAUAGUAAGCCUUUGCCUGGAUCUUUUGUUUUUAAUGUCGGUGACAUUUUACAGAUGUGGAGUAAUGGGAGAUAUCGCAAUGCUGAACAUCGUGUCGUGUAUGGAAAGUCAAAUAGAAACAGGUUGUCAAUGGCUUAUUUUUUUGAUUUACCAAAUGAGUUUGAAAUCAGAUGCCCAAAAGAGACGAUUGACGAAGAGCAUCCACAACUAUAUAAAGUAGUUACAAAGGAUGUUGUUUUGAUAUAUGAGCAUAGAAAUGUAAUUUGA